UUAUGGGUACACUCGCACGUACAUAUGUACAUAUGUAUAUAGGAACAGAUAUAGAAUAUAUAAAGUAUGGUUAUUUGUAGGGAAUUUUCGUGGGUGUUCUAGACACACGUAUCGGCCAUAAAUUGGAAAAGCAUUGAAACAGUUCCACGGAGCUAUUCAAGCAGAAACACACUUCUGGCCAGAAAAGAAAAAUUAAUCACCUACGAUAGCAGCCACAACACAUAAUUGUAUCCAUCGAAGGUGGUCUAUAAAGAAAAACCCAACCAAAACGUUAAUCUCAUUCAGAUUUGUUUUCAUUGACCUGGGUCGGGAAAAAUAUCCAAUCCAGUAUUCAGUACUGGCACCGAGUUAUCUAUGUGGGUUUCGCGUCGCGAGUCUGAGUCAAUAAUGGUAUAAGAUUCUGGUUAAGGCCAUGCCCGAUUACAAUUUCUAUAAGACAUGAGAUUCCUAUAAAUGCAAAAGACAGGCGAACAUUCGCCCCUGUACGUGCGCCGAGAUCUCUGCCGAUGACAACAAAAAGUUUUCAUUCAGCAAACGCAUUCUGCUGACAAUUGAAACCACAAACACGUAGGCAAGUGUUGAUCGGUGGAUCGGCAGUGGUGUUUCUCCAACGUUUUCAGCUCAAGCGCUCCAUUAAGCGCUGAAAGAAAUUUUGUCUUCAAUCAUUGGAAAUAUCAAGUGGAACUUAAAGGGAUAAGAUGCAUUAUAUGUACCUGUUGGGUGGACUGGCAUUGCUCAGUAUUUGCCAGGCAGCUUCAACCAGGAGCUUUGCAACCAGCAAACCACUGCCCACCUAUGAAGAUGAUGGCACUACAGUGCCUCCCCCAAGUGUCACACCUUCUCCCACAAACAGAGACAUUACUCUAGGUCCCUGCAAGUGGGUCGUUGGUCGAAGUUGUCCCGAUCCAGAUGUUAAGUAUUAUAUAUACACGCGACAUAAUGCAAUGGAUAGACAAUGCCUUCACAUCGAUGAUAGCCUGGAGAAGUCGAAUCUAACAGCCUCCUACUUCAAUCCCAGGCAUCCCACAAAGAUCAUCAUCCAUGGCUAUAACUCGGAUAUGUUUCUACAUCCCCUACAGAAAAUGCGAGAUGAAUACCUCUCAAAAUCGGAUUACAAUAUUAUAUAUGUGGAUUGGAGCGUUCUGUCUCCGGGUCCCUGUUACAUCAGUGCCGUACACAAUACUCGUCAUGCUGGGACGUGUACGGCCCAGCUGGUGGAGCGUCUUGUGGAGACGGGCAACACGGAUAUCCAUGUGAUUGGCUUCUCCCUCGGGGCACAGCUUCCCAACUAUAUAGCGAGGAAUCUUACCUCGUUUAUGCUACCAAGGAUUACGGGGUUGGACCCGGCAAUGCCGCUGUUUAUUACAUCUGGAAAUGCGGAUAAGCUGGAUCCGAGUGACGCCACAUAUGUGGAUGUGUAUCAUACGAAUGCCCUCGUCCAGGGAAAGCUGGAGAGAUGUGGUCACGCCGACUUUUAUAUGAAUGGUGGCAUCAUGCAGCCAGGCUGUAAUGGACAGCAGAUAAACUCCUUUGCCUGCAGUCAUCAGCGUGCUCCUGCCUACUUCUUGGAGUCCAUACGCUCACCUAAGGGAUUUUGGGGCUGGGCAUGUAGCGGCUACAUCUCUUACCUGCUCGGAAUGUGUCCUCCCACGAAUUUCCUGCUGGAGGCUGGCGAUAACAUUCGUUCCACCACUCGAGGAAUGUUCAUGAUCGACACCAACGACAGCUCUCCCUAUGCCCUGGGCAAGUGGACGGAUCUGCCAACACUGGGGGCCAAGCAACCGCAUAUGCGAGCUCCUCCCAAUCAAGUAAAGGCCCCGCCCAAUCAGAGUGUGGAUCCUUUGCUGCAGCACAUCGAUCAGUUUGGCAAACUGGCCGCCAACUUUAACAACCUGGCGAUGUCGCCCAGUGGCCGGGAUCCUUAUGAGCACUGGACCAGCUUUAGUCCGGAGAACAAGGAAAACGAUGACGAUGAAUCCGUAGAGGAGCAGGAUUUGAUUGAUCCAGAUGAUCGCCACCUGGCCUUGCAAUCUCCGCCAACCAUGGAAUGGUGGGAUUAUCGGAGAAAUCUCACGUAUGGAUUCAUAGAAAAUAAUAUAUUCGCUAUGCCAAAGCUGAAGUAGCACCGGCUUGGAUCGAUGCUAGUCCGAUCAGUUAAAUCCCACCCUUGCCCCCGAUUUCCUUACUAAUAAUUAACGAAUGCAAUCUUCAUUGUGAGGUGAUAUACAACAAAUGCAAAUACAGUGCGUUUCAAAACUAUACCGCUAUUCGAAAGUUGCAACUGAAUUAAGGUUUAAUCAUGCAGCAUUAUAAUAUAGAACUAUUCCUGAGCCCUAGAGCAGUAAUGUUUUAAUAAAUAAAUUAGUUAAAUAAAGAAAAAUAUAUGAUAGAUUUUGUAAAUAUUAAAAAAAAGUACAAUACAAUACAAUAGUUCGUUAAAAAAUGUAUAAUUUAGAGCUAAAGGUAGGUGUACCAUUAUGGGAUUAAUAAGGGCUAUUAUCGAGAGCGGCCUUAAUUUCAAAACUGAAUUGUAAAUUGAUCCUGCUUGAUGAUUGGGCUUGCGCAGAUUAUAGUUGUGAAACGCAGUGUAUGGAUUAAUCGUAUAAUUCAAGCAUCGUAUUAUUUUAAACAAUUCCGGAAUACAAUAGCAGAUUUGUAUUAAUUGUAAAUUGUAAUAAAUUUUUAACGCCAUAUUAAUUAGAAAUGGACUUGAAGAAUGUGGAGUGCCGGUUCGGAAAUCGUAUUUUCUGUGUAUGUAUGUUCUAUUCCUCUAUUUUCUAUGCAGGGAUUACCAUUUGGGAGAUAGGAUGCAUCUGGGGCUGGGUUAUGUAUACAAUUACAUGUACAUUUACGAGUAGAAAACAUCCCCCCUCCCUGACGCAGACGACGACGACAAGCGUAGCAUGCUAUGAUGAUUGCUUUAAUUUCCCCUUCCUUCCCAUUCCGUCUGUCCGUCCGUCCCCGACUUCUGAGCUUACGUAAAAUCCUAAUCCGUACAAUAAUAAUCGCCACUGACUGUUGCGUUGCUGCCGUUGCUGAGGAUCAGCCCUAUACCUUUUUUUUUACCACUCUUUUGGCACGCGUUGUCGGCGCUGCAGGGACUGGGGUUGCCGGCUGGGGUGGCGGGGAU